CGGCGGUGUCCUCGAUCGAAGUGAACGAGGGAUGAUCAGUGAGCUGCAGGGCACGUUAGAGAAGCGGCCAGGAUCGUCGAAAAGGGUUACGCAUCAGUGUCUCUGCCCCCAAUCCUUGAAGAUAGGAGGUAACUAAUGGACAAAGGCUCAACUGGCAGCAGGAUUCCAAGGAGGUGACAUUUGGCUUCUUUGGAUUGUCUUUUAUCCUAGCUGCAGAUGGGUACCGAGGGCGGUGGGUCACAUGAAGCUGUUUUUCACCCCUCUACACAGGAAAUAGAAUUAUGGAUGCAAAAGGCAUUUGAUAUGGCUAAAAAUGCUUUAGACAAUGGUGAAGUGCCAGUUGGAUGCCUUAUGGUGUAUAACAAUAACAUUCUGGGUAGAGGAAGAAAUGAAGUCAAUGAAACUAAAAAUGCAACUCGACAUGCUGAAAUGGUGGCCAUCGAUCAGGUACUGGACUGGUGUCGUCAUAAUAAUAAAGACCCAGCUGAUGUUUUCCGGAGCACCGUUUUAUAUGUCACAGUGGAGCCAUGCAUCAUGUGCGCUGGAGCUCUUCGUUUACUGAAUAUUGCUUUGGUUGUGUACGGCUGCAAAAACGAAAGAUUCGGAGGCUGUGGCUCUGUUCUCAACAUACCUGCAGACCAUUUGCCACAUACUGGAACUCCUUUUAAGUGUAUAUCUGGCUAUAGAUCAGAAGAAGCAGUGGAGCUCUUAAAAAUGUUCUACAAACAAGAGAACCCAAACGCUCCCAAAUCCAAGGUUAGGAAGAAGACUGAUGAUGCUUCACCAGAAGGAGGCGCCAUUGACUCAGAAAUGCCAUUGUGAAGGACAUUUGAAAUGAAAGAGAGCAAACUUUAUUAGGCUUGCUGGCUUCUAGAGUUACUGGACUCAUCUGCUUAAUCCUAAGUAAAGAUAUUUUAAAGCAUUGUUUUUUUUAUUGUUUUGAAAAGGAAAUUCAUAGUUCAAAGUUAUCUAAUUCGUAGUUUUAAGAGAGAAGAGAGACCAUGAAAACUUUUGUGUUCCUUUUUCCAAACUUAGUAUUGAGUUCUAACUGGAAUUGGUUGUUUUCUAAACUUCAUAUCAUUUUUAUUUUCUUGUUACAUGGGGGGCACAGAACAUUGAGUGCUAUACAUUAUGUGGACAAGAAAAAAGAAAUAUAAUAGUUUAUUUUUAUGUAAUUCAUCCUAAAAACCUUAGUUAGUUAUUUCAGUCAUCUGUUUAUGUCUCUCCUUUAUAUGUUUGUUUCUAGUUUUACAUUUUAACAUUAGAUCACAUACUGCAUUUUUAUCUGUAUAUAUUUUUAAAACUAAAGUUAAUGGAAAUUAUUUUAUCCAUAGUGACAUUUUAUAGGAGAAUAACAUUUUUGAAACAAUGAAAAAUGUAUAUUUUUUGUUAGUCAAGAACUUUCUAUGCAUAUUUAGUUGAACGCCUGAAAAACUGUUUCUUGUGCUUUGCUUUAUAUUUUUUAUCACUUGUUGCUUUGUCAAGUGUUGAUCAUUAGCCCCACCCAUACUAUCAAUCGGUCAUCAGCUCCACCCACUCUAUCUUUAACCCCACCCUCUAGCUUGAGCUAUCAUUUUCCUCACCCAUUUUAUUAGCAGCCCCAACUACUUUAGGAAUUUCUUAUUAGCUCCUCCCAUUCUAUUUAUCAUUAACUCCACCUACUUUAUUAAUUUAGCUGCCUGAGUCUGUCCUCAACAAAAAAAUGUUUUGUUGCUAAUUUCAUUAUUUGUCGAAAAUGCUUAUUUCAGAUCAAUAAAAGACUUUUAACUAGC